GCCUUUAGGUAUCUUCAUAAAUUAUUUUUUAAACAGUGCGAUUCUAAUUUACUUCUUUAAAUCUUGUGAUUUACGGGAAAUCACGACAAACGAUUUACAUAGGCUAUGUAGUUUAUGUGGGCGGGGAAGUUGAAGGAGUGAAAUCUUAUUCAUGUAUACUACUGUAGCGCAGCUUGCACUCCGGAGGACGGACGGGUAGGGCGUCAUUUUCGCGGAUCUGGUCUCAAAAGAGUGAUAACUCUCUUUACAUGUAUUCUACCGCAUAAAUUGUGACUACAAAGACAAACUACAGAAGGAACACCACCAUUACCACUGAAUGUCAAUCUACCCGCAUCUUCAGACAUGGAAGCCUUUUCUGACAACUCGUCUGUGACCGAUUCCACGUUUGGAAGAAGUGUUGUGUGGAUCCAGUUGGUCAUGGCCGUUAUAAGCGUUGUGGGAUCCGGCUCCAUAGUUGUGUUUGCACCUUUCCAGAACCUGCUCGGCAAACGCGAGGUAAGCGCACUGUUCUUCAUGAGCCUGGCAGACUUGCUGGUGAGUUUCACCUGGCUCAUCGGACCGGUCCUUUUAACUCAGACCUGCGACAACCGCACCGCCUGCUAUAACCUGCAUGCGGUUGAACAGAUAUUUUACAUCUCGUCCUUUUUUUAUACUCUCAACUACAUGUGGGUGCUGUACUUGCGCUUGAAGGAGGACUACUGUAGGAACAUGACCAGUCAGCCCAGUCUGCCCCCUGUGAGGACUUGCUCAUUGACCAAGGUGGCCCUAGUUUUAUCGUGUGUCCUGCCCGUGCUGCUAAUGGUUCCGGUUUUCGUUGUAGGGAACAAGUUCAGCUGUUCCAGGAAUCUCAGCCAGGCUUACGAGUGUCUCAUGAUGCACACCUGGGUGCUGAAUGGGUCUUCAGAUUUUGGGGGAGGCGAAUCCUGUGACCGCAUCCACACCUACAGCGUCACCAUUUUUGUCAUCACCUUCUUUGCCAGUUCCAUUGGCAUUUUGGUGUUGCUGAGGAAGGUGCGCUCCCUGUACGCGCGCUGUGUGGUCUCGGCCCACGGUGCGCUGGACGCCAGGGAGUGGGCCAGCCUGGGAGUGCUUCAGGUGCAGACCACGCUUUACUCAGCCGCCUUCGCGGUCUGCUGGUUCCCAGCUGUCGUGCUGGCUAUCGCGAUCCUGUGCACACUACAGGAAACACAUUGGCUGUUUUCCAUCCUUUACAUGCUACAGGUGUUCACAUCCCCCUCCCAGGGCUCUCUGAACUGCCUCCUGUACGGAUGGGUGCGGCAUCGCUACCGCUCCCUCAAAGCCCUGGAGCAGCGCGACGCCGCUACCCAGACUCCCCUGCUGCGCGCGCAGAAACAGAGCAGGUCCAGCGAGGCACAGGCUGACUGAGCCGCAGAACGCACAUGGGCGGGGAAAGAGCACGGAAGACUCAGACCUCAGGAGGAGCAGGGCUGUGGGCUGAGGUGGCCAUUCCAGUGGGAGAACACUAGUCUGAGAGCCAGAGCUCUGAUGCGUUAGCCAACCAAAUGACUUACUGGUCUGGUAAUGUCAUUUUUCGCUCUCAUUGAAACUGAAAAUGGAACUGUUUGCCCAAAAAGAGGUGAAACACAGGGAUUUGUUCACAGAAGUUAUUUAUUUAUUGCCCCCCCCCCCCCCCCCCCCAUUUCACUGGAUACUGCAGACAAGACUGAAAGCACAACGAGGUAUGAGGACAAAUGAAACCAGUUUCAGUUACAGUGCCAACCCAAGUCAAACUUCAGCACUAGUGUAACCUCUAAGCAGGUUCAUAUUUCGGUGAUUUUCUCAGAACUUCUUGACCUCUUCAGUAGGUAGUAAUUUGAUAUGUAUGGUGGAAGCACUGUUUGAACAUUUUCAUUUCCCAAUUUUGACAUGAUGUAAAACAGCUGACAUGGUUGCAGCAAGGUAUAUUUUGUGGUGUGUGGACGGAGUGGAGAGGCUGCCAGUGAGUAUAAACUAAAUGGAUAGUAUUCAUUGUAUAACAUUUUCUCUAGAAUUGGAAUGUUGCUUUAGUACAAAGUAAAAUUCCUGGUAAAUGCAGGGACAUUUUCAUGUUGAACAGAUUCAUCAUAUAUAUUCAAAAUGCUCGAGUAAUACAUUCAAUUUAGAAUUUGCUUCAAAAUAUUGAACAUCUUUGUUCCAAUAUGGAACAAAGAUGUUGUUGUCAGCUCUAGUCAAUAAGAGUGCAAUUAUAUGGGAAUCAUCUCCGCAUCAUGGUGGAUUACUUGCUGGUAUUAUAUUUUAUUUUACAGUGGUGCAUGAGUUUCAAUGCUGCUUUGCAAAAAAAAAAAAGUGCUUUGAUAGUUAUUGUAAGCAGUCCCGCUACUUUGGGGUUCUGCUUUGGCAUAAACCUGACAACAUAGAAUUUUCACUUUUUUAUUGUGUGCAUGUGUGUUUGUGUCCGUGUGUGUCAAGUCGCAUGACCACACAUUUGUGCAUUGGUUCAAUUCUAGAAUAUCGUAUACUGUAUCUUACUCAUUUUGAUGAUACCCAUGUUUUCUUAUGUGCAUAAAACAUAUUUAAUAUCAACGAAA